AUGCCCCGCCCGGUGACCUCCCCCCUGACGCGCCUCCGCGCGCCCCUGCCUCAUGGCAAUCGACUCUUCCCGGAUUUGAGCAAGGCAUCGCGGCUGGCGGGGCGCCACAUGCGCGCUCCGGCGGCGUCUGCGGCCGAGCUGCAUGAGGCCGAGGAGGUGAAGGGCAUCCGGGUGCUGCCGGGCGAGGAUGAGGACAUCCCCGGGGUGGAGUACCUGGUGGGAUGGAAGGACGGCGAGGCGGACACCUGGGAGCCGGCCAUCAACCUGUCGGACGACCUGAUACGGGACUUCGACGAGGGCUGGUGGGAGGCGUGCAAGAAGGCGGACAAGGAGGCCAUAGGGAAGAUGCUGCGCGCGGGAGGGCCCACCCUGGCCAAGGUGGUUGAUGAGGAGGGUCGAUCUGCUCUGCAUUUCGCCGCUGCACUGGGAUCUGUGGAUAUCGUCCGUAUGCUCCUGGCAUAUGACGCCGACCCGAAUUUGGGCGACAAAGAGGAGUACACCCCUCUGCACAUGGCUGCUGGGUACCUGCACGUGCCAGUCGUCCAGUUGCUGCUGGAGGCCGGGGGAGACCCAGAGUACACAGAUGACUCUGGUCGCACACCCCUGACACUGCUUAUCAGCCUCAGGGACAAUCUUCCUGCUGACAACCCCAUGAUGGUGGCCAGGCGAAUGGCCCUAGAACAGGGGAUAGCUUGCCUCCAGGGCAACCUCUACGAAGACCUCGAGCCAGUGGCAAUCCUGCUGGAUCGAGAGACGGGGCCCGAGAGGGAGUUUCUGGUGCAAUGGCCAGAUGACGUUGAGGACACCUGGGUGCCGCUGUCCGACAUGGCAGAAGACGUGGUCCGAGACUACGACCAGGGACUGGAGUACUGCGAGCCAGAGGCAAUAGUGGAUGUCCGUUCCAAGGGGGACGAAAGGGAGUAUCUGCUUCGGUGGAAGGACGACUACCCCGACAGCUGGGAAGCGGAGGAGAAUGUGUCGAGUGUGCUGAUCGAGGAGUGGGAGGAGAGCAGGAGAGGGCAAGGCGGCAAGGGGUCGCCCAACAAGGCAGCCCAGCCAGCUGAGUUGCAGCCAGCGGUGGCCUGA